AGUUAUGGCUUUCAGGUUGAUCCUCACAGCAGCUGUGCUGACUCUGCUGACACAAGACUGUGUCUCACAGUUAGCGGUUUGUGGUCUGGCAAAUCUAAACACCAGUAUUGUUGGAGGACAAGAUGCUCCUGCAGGGUUCUGGCCUUGGCAGGUCAGUCUGCAGUCACCUUCACACUUCUGUGGAGGAUCCCUCAUCAACAACCAGUGGGUGCUGACGGCCGCUCACUGCUUUCCAAGGUGAGUAACAAUAGUAGAACUGAUCAAUUAUCAUCAGAAGUUGAGUUGAUUACUGGGGUCUAUUCUUGUUUUGAUUCAU